AAUUGUUUGGAAUGACUUUGUGUCACAUUUUCACAAUGCAGAGGAGAGGUAUCCCAAGUUGGAUUGAAGAUGUGUUUGGGGGCACCAACACAUGCAGGAUGGCGGACAACUCAUUUGAUUCGUUUGACCAGAGUACGUUGAUGGAGGGGGACCUGAAGACUGAGUCAAGUCCGACAAGCAACCAGCAGUUUUCCUUUCAGCGAACCAACAGCACUGGCUGUGCGUCCUCAGCAUCGUCUGCACAUAACACAGACGAUGAGGACAGUGACACCAGCAAGACCCUGAGUUACAAGGACAGGCGACGUGAAGCCCACACGGUCGCAGAACAGAAACGCAGAGACGCCAUCAAGAAAGGGUACGAUGAGCUGCUGAGUAUCGUGCCUACAUGCCAGCAGCCGGACACCCUGAGUGGACAGAAGAUGAGCAAGGCCACCGUGCUGCAGAGAUCUAUUGAGUACAUCCAGUGGCUGAUCGGGCAGAAGAAGAAGCAGGAGGAUGAGCUGGACUCCCUCAGGAAGGAAGUGAUGGCUCUCAAGAUUAUGAAGGCGAACUAUGAGCACAUUGUGAAGACACACCAGAACACUCCUGUCCACGGCCAGAACCAGGUUUCAGAUGAGGUCAAGUUCCAAGUGUUUCAGCAGAUCAUGGACACACUGUUCCAGUCAUUCAAUGCCUCUAUCUCUGUGGCCAACUUUGCGGAGCUGUCAGCGUGUGUGUUCAGUUGGCUGGAGGAGUACUGCAAGCCCCAGUCUCUUCGAGAAGUUGUCCUUGGCAUCUUGCGGCAGCUUAACUCCCAGCUGAACCACUGAUACAAGGUCAAGGUGACCAUUAUUGAAGGUCAAGAUUGUAUGUUACAUCCACCCAAUCAUCUCAAGUUGACAUAUCAUACAAUCAACGUGUAAUCUUCUUGGUAAUGUGAAUAAUUUCAAUUGUACAAAAGAAUGGUAUGUAUUUAGUAAUUGUUUACAUGUAUUUAAUAUUAUAUAAUAAUGGUUUGUCAAUUUGAUAUGGAUAUACAAUAAAUCAUGUUCGUGGCUCAUAUAGAUUCGCAUGAGAGGAAGGAAGAUAAGAGAAAAUUGAUUUAUGAAGAAUUCCCGUUAGUUUGGUUUGUUUUAUUAAUCGUGAAUGGUGUAUCAGUUUUCGCUUGAAUCUUGUCAUGCUGUCAAUUCCAGGUAGUGGGUGCCAUUUGGCAACAAUGUCUCAGUAUUGAUAGAACUGACUCCUCAAUAAUCAAUAGCCUCUAAGCAACUAUUAUCUAGAACCAUUCGUCACCACUCGCCCCUUUCCGUAACCACCAAGAAGACUGGUCCCCCUUUUGAUGAAUGUUAGGUGCGAAAAUAUGACAAACCAAUCAGAAUGACUUCACGUUCUUCGUCAAAGAAUCCCUCAGAAAUAAUUUUUUAUUUUACAUAUAUUUUGCAUCUAAAAUAUACCCAAGAUACAGUUAAAUGUGUUU